AUGGAGCAAGCACUCCUGUCGCUCCUGGCAGACACCCAGUCAGCCAAGGCCGAUACCAGAAAAGGCGCAGAAUUGCAGCUGAACAACUUAUACGCUCAUGAAUCCUUCCCAAUCUCCCUCACAUCAAUUGCCUCGCACGAGUCAGUCCCAGUCAACCUGCGCCAAUCCGCCCUUUCCGUGCUGCGUACCUUCAUUGCCGCCUCCUGGUCCCCCGUCCUCGACGAAUUUAAGGGCCAGAUCCUCAUCAACGACGCGAACAAAGCAAACGUUCGCCAGGCGCUACUGUUGCUUGCGACAAGUGAUACCCCUGAGCGUAAGGUAAAGAAUUCUGCCAGCUAUGCUGUCAGCAAGAUCGCCAGUGCCGACUUCCCAGACGAUUGGCCCGAGCUGCUCCCUUCGCUGCUGCACAUUAUCAACGACUCCUCUAGUACCGACGGUCAAUUGCACGGCGGACUUAAGGUUUUGCUGGAUCUUGUCGACACGGGCUUCAGCGAGGAGCAAUUUUUCAAUGUCGCCCGCGAUCUCGUCUCGUCCCUUUUCGCCGUCGCUACCGCUGAGUCUAGGCGGCCAAUCCUGCGCGCUCUGGCUGUCGCAGUUUUCCGCUCUUGCUUCGAUACCCUGGAAAUGGUCCUGGAACAACACAAGACGGCUAUCAAACAGUUUAUGGAUGAGGUGCUUAGCGGAUGGUCGCCCUUCUUUGAUGCCACCCUGAAGGCACCACUACCGCAACCACCCACCGAGGAGGAGGCGCACAAACAAGGAGAUAUUGCCUCUCAAUGGCGAGGAAUUGUGGGAUUAAAAGUCCAAGUCGUCAAGACUCUUAUGAAAAUCCGCAACGUGUUCCCUGCUUUGUUGACAGCACAGAGCUCGCUUUUCUUCUCAACUGUCUGGGCCGAACUUAACAACGCGCUGCCCAUUUACCAAAACUUUUAUAUUCAGGAUGAGAGACAAGGUCGUUUGGAGGAUGGAGAUGGGCUUCCCCACUCCCUCGAUUACCUGGUUUUGGAAGAGCUUGACUUAAUUCAAGCCUUGUUGAAGGCUCCUCCGGUAAAGGCAGAGCUACAGCAGCAACUGCAAAAUGCAGGUGCUGCUGCCAGCACGUCCGGCUGGCUUCCGGAAAUUAUGAAGCUAGCUAGUUCAUACGCCCAGAUUACAACCGAAGAGGAGGGUCUAUGGGAAAUUGACGUGAAUCUUUUCCUUUCGGAAGAAACUUCUGUCACAGCCAAUUACACCCCUCGUACUUGCAGCGGCGAUCUGGUCAUCAAGACCGGCGAAUGGUUGAAGGGCACAGCAGCCGAGGGUCUCCUGAGUUACAUGGACACCCUCUUCUCAGAUACAUCCGUCUCAUGGAAACCUCGGGAAGCUGCUCUUUACAUUUUGAACAAUAUGCUUCGCGACUUUGGGGAAGUUGACCAAGAGAUCUCCCCAGAGCUGGCAUCCCGGUUCACCCAGUUCGUGCAGUAUGCUACCCAGCAAGAACAAGAACUCUUGCGUGCUCGAGGCUACCUUGUUGCCGGUGCUUUGUCCAAGGUUGCUGGUGAAACAUUUCAGCACACUACAUCAUCUUAUCUCGAGGCUACUCUAAAGGCAAUUGCCGAGGAUCCCGCGGAAGUAGUCCAAGUGGCCUGCAUUCGGGUGCUGCAAGACUUGAUGCCCUCUCUGCCGACUGGCCUUGCUCGCCCCUUCCAACCCGCAGUGAUCGCAGCCAUCUCAGAAUUCAUCUCCACACACGACCUCCGUGAACAGACUGAAUCCGACGACCUCAAGGUCACAUUGGCCGAAACCCUCCGGGAUACCAUUAUGGCCGACUCGAGUGUGGUCCUCUCAUCUACUGCUAUUGAUGUGCUAUUUAGCAUCGCUAGCAGCGGCGCUGAAAACUUCCAGUUAACGUUGACUGUCACCGAGGCAUUUGAAGACAUUGUGGAUCAGAUCACUGACCUCGGCCCCGAUUCUUACAUGCGCCUCUGCGAAAAGGUGCUGCCAUCUUUGAUGGGUGCAAUCGAUGUUGGAAACCUGACAGACGAAAAUGAUCUGACGAAUUUCGCGGCUGAUCUCCUACGCGCUUUGGCCGAACGUAGCCCCGAGCCGAUGCCCGCUGGAUUCGUGGAAACCGUGAUGCCUAAGUUGAACCGACUGCUGAUGGAAUCUGAUGAGGCUGAGUUGAUUCGUCCCGCCACAGAGGCCGUGCGACACAUGCUUUCUCACGACUUCGCCCAGUUCAUUGUCUGGCGGGAUCCCCAGUCCGGCAAGGAGGCCCUCGAAGUUGUGUUGAUUAUAAUCGCCCGGCUGCUAGGCCCGGCUGUUGACGACAAUGCAGCCACUGAGGUCGGGCAGCUGGCAGCCGAGUUAGUCGAGAAGGCCGGCUCGGAGCGCCUUGGUCCUUACCUACCCCAACUCCUCCAAGCCGUGGCCCAGCGGCUGGCGACAGCCCAACAAGCCCAAUUCAUCCAGAGUCUCAUUCUUGUUUUCGCCCGACUCACACUUGUCAGUGCACGCGAGGUCGUCGACUUCUUGGCCCAAGUCAACCUCGGCGGCCAGAGCGGACUCGACGUCGUCUUGAGCAAGUGGCUCGAAAACUCAGUUAACUUUGCCGGCUACGACGAGAUCAAGCAAAACAUCUUCGCCCUCGCACGUCUGUACGAGCUUGCCGAUCCCCGCGUUGCGGAAGUUCCCGUCAAAGGGGACCUCAUCAUUCAAGAUACCGGCCGAAUCAAGACCCGGUCACAAGCCCGCAAGAACCCAGACCAAUUCACGACUGUGCCAGCGCCAUUGAAGAUCGUCAAGGUCCUUGUCGAAGAGCUCGGUGCCUCAUCAGGGAACAAGGAGAUUGACGCGGCGACUGCGGCUCUGGACGACGCCGAUAGUGACGAUGGUGAUGACGACUGGGAAGACGUACCGGGACAAAUUCUGGACCUCGGCCUCGGAGCUACGAAACAGGAGCUAAUGGGUUGGGGCGAGGGCGGCUCCGAGAGCGUCUUUGGUGUCCGUCGCCGCGACGAUGAAACACAGGGUUUCCUGGCGGACUUUUUCCGACAGGCCUCGACCCAGGUCGGAUUCCAGGAAUUGUACGCAGCCCUGACUCCUGAUGAGCAGGCUAAGCUGCAAAGUCUUUAA